AUCACCCAAGAAACCCAUAUCACAUUCCGCCUUGGCACAGACAGAGUCAACAUGGUCAACCAAAAGGCACAAGAUGCCGUGCAACAGUCUCUCGACUCAGUCACGAGCAACAAGGAAACGGGCGUGGCCGGUCUCGUGUUUGUAGCCAUUGACAAGAAUGGCCAACAGAUCUGCGCCAACGCUUCUGGCAAACGAGGAAUUGGUGCCAACCGACCUCCAAUGGAUUUGGACACGGUCUUCUGGAUCGCCAGCUGUACCAAGAUUCUCGCCACGAUGGCAUGCAUGCAAGCCGUGGAGCAAGGCAUCUUGAACCUCGAUGAUCACCAACAGGUCUACAAGUUGUGUCCUGAAUUGGAGAAGGUGCAGGUUCUUCAGGAAGAUGGGACGCUGGUGGCGAAGAAGAGCGAAAUUACGCUGCGGAAACUGCUGAAUCAUACUGCUGGAUUUGGAUAUGAGUUCUUCAAUACCAAAUUGCGUGACUACGGCCGCCCUGUGGGAUUCGACGUAUUUCACGCUGAUGUGAAAGACAUUCUGAAGAUGCCACUCGUGAACCAGCCAGGCGAGAGAUGGGAAUAUGGCAUCAACAUUGACUGGGCAGGAAUCGUCCUUGAGCGAGCCACGGGCAUGGGCCUGAAUGACUGGAUUCAAAAGAACAUCAUGCAGCCUCUCAAGUUGGAUGCGAUCAACAUGUUCCCUACUGCGGAGAUGAAGGCUAACCUGGCAUUCAUGCACCAACGAUGGCCCGGUUCCUCCGAUGCCGAAGAGCGAGACCACCUCUAUCGUGAACCCAUCAUUGCAGAGACGGAGCACGAAAAGAAACACAUCUUCCACUCGGGUGGAGCUGGAGCGUUUGCGAAACCGACCCAAUAUGUUCAAGUCCUGUCCGUUUUGCUGAACAAUGGCAAAUCACCCAUCACCGGUGCCCAGAUUCUCAAGCCAGAGACGGUCGACGAGAUGUUCAAGAACCAAGUCCCACAAUUCCCCGACUUUGCCCGUCAAGGCAUUGCAGCCGCCAAAGCAGAACAAACCAACCCAGCUCCAGAAUUGUACCCGCAAGAGGGAAACCCGCCACAAGGAUGGGGGUUGUCCUUUAUGAUUACGCAAGAGCCCGGCGCCACGGGCAGAGGAGCAAAUACCGCCUGGUGGGCGGGCAUUGCCAAUCUUUUCUGGUGGGCCGAUCGCGAAAAGGGUGUUGCGGGCAUGAUUGCUUCGCAGGUGAUGCCGUUUGGUGAUAUGAAUGUCAUGGGCCAGUGGGGAGCUUGUGAAGCUGCUGUCUAUCAGGCUUUGGGAAAUUAAUGUUUUUUUUUGUGUUGGAGAGAGGGGCUUCUUGUUGUGUGUGUGUGUGUGUGUGUGUGUGUGUCAC